GACCACCAGUUCACCAGCGCGGGACGUGGCGACUGCUCUGAAACCCCCAAACCCAACCAUGGAGCAAGCCACCCCGCCCGCCGCCGCCGGCAUCGACCUUUCCCCGGCGGCAACCGACCUCGGCCGGGUGCACCUCCUGCCCUGCGGCAUCAGGCACAACAGCGCCGCCGCCGUCUCCGACUACUUCAAGCCGAGGGACACUGGUGUGGAGGUGGACGGGGUGAAGGUGGAGGAGGCCUUCUUCCGGGGGAGGAACCUGCAGGGCGCCACCGUCGCGCUCCCCGAUGGCUACCGAGGUUCUGUAUUGGAGAAGAAGAAGAACGAAGAAAAGGAUGCUCAGGGCAUGGAUGAGGAGGCUAGCAAUUUUGUAUCCCGUGCAGAAUUCCAGAACAUAACUUACUGGAAUCAUGAUACCAUGCCAUCAGCGGAGGAUCCUCUCCCACGGUGCUUUCAUUGGUUAGCCAUUGCGAAUGCAAUGCACAAGCCAGUUACUGCUGAAGACAUGGCUAACAUGUCAGCCAGGCAGAAUCAGAACAGUUGACCAAGAUCUAUUGCAUGGUGAAUCUGUUAUCUAGUUCCAGCUGGUGCAUCAUCCAACCAAUCUAAUAAGCAAUCUACCAAUACAAUGAACUUGGAAUGUCAUUAGCUGCGAGCCUGUGUGGGCCAGGCACUCUGUGAGGGCUGCGAACUUGGAAUGUUGGAGAGCCCGCUGUUGUUCUCUUCUUGAAGAGGGGAUUCCUGCACCAAAUGUACCAGUAUUGCUCUUUCUUGUUCUACAGAGUAGUUCAUUUGUCUGGUUAUCAGAUACAUGUAAUGUUGUGAAUUUAAGUUGUCAUGUCUUGAUAUGAUGUGGAAAUAUUAAUCCAUCUCCCGGAAAAUUCUCACAA